CUCACCCCUCACACGGGCGAAGUCUCUACCGUUGUAUAGUUCAAUUCACUUGAUCUACUAGGCUGGAAAACUUCGAAAAUGAGUGUUGCGACCUGAAAGUCGACGCACGCUUGCACUGGGAAAUGUCGCGCCUGGCGCAGCUGCUGCCUGGCUACGCAUGCAACACGUUUGAUUACGCAAACAGGUCAGCGUCGAUCGAGGAUGGGCUGCCCACAUACCGCGACUGGAUCGAGGUGUUCCGCAAGUCAAUCCCCACGUUCAAGUCACAUGCCCUGACAGACAAAACAGUGCCGGAGGAUCAACGCGAGGCUGCGGCGGAGCGCUUUGCAGCCGACUUCAACGCUGCACUUGACGCCCUACUGGCCCACCCCUCCCAGCCCGCUCCUGGCUACCCGGCCAGCCAGCCGCUCAACUGCUUCAACCUGUGCCGGCUCAGGGAGGAUGUGUUGCAUGCUGCGGGGUUCACUGACAUCUUCGCGGACGUCAAGGCUGCCGAGAGCGCCCGCGCGCUGGUGCUGCUACCGGGCGUGUGUGCGGAGCUGGACAGCCAUGGAAGCCUGGCGGAGCAGUUCGGUCUGGCACUGCGAGGCGUGUUCGCCGGCAACAUCUUUGAUCUGGGCGCGGCGGCCAGUGCGGAGCUGCACGCAGCUGGGGGCGUCAGCUUCGCGGCAACACGCGACCAGCUGCUGCCGCGACCGUGGGCAGUGGAUGACUAUGACCGGGUGCUAGCCCUGGUGGCGGCGGCGGAGCAGCGGACCGGCACCGCGGCCGCGACCGCGGCCGACUCCUCCGCACCUGCGGCCUCUGAGGCCGCCGCCUCUGCCUCCUCUGCUUCACCCGCGGCUUCCUUUGUGCCGCCGGGCCGCCCGCUGCUGUGGCGCAAGGCGGCUCUGUUUGUGGACAACGCGGGGCCAGACGUGAUGCUGGGCAUGGUGCCACUGGCGCGGCUGCUGGUCAAGAUGGGCGCAGAGGUUUUGCUAAUGGCCAACCGCGGCGCCACCAUCAACGACAUCACGGCGGCGGAGCUGGGGCCGCUGCUGGAGGCCGCGGCGGCGGCGGAGCCGGCCGGGCCGCUGGGCUGGGCCGUGGGGUCGGGUCGGCUGCGGGUAGUGUGCUCGGGCAGCGACAUGCCCGUGAUAGACCUGGCGCAGCUGUCCGAGGAGGCCGUGGCGGCCACGGCGGACUGCGACCUGAUCGUCCUCGAGGGCAUGGGCCGAGCCAUUGAAACCAACCUCAACUGCCGGCUCGCAUGCGACUCCCUGAAAUUGGGCAUGAUAAAGCACCCGGAGGUGGCGGCGCUGCUUGGGGGCCGAAUGUACGACUGCGUGUGCCGGUACCACCCCGGGGCCACCGCGAGCGCCGGUGAGGCGAUGGCACAGGCCGUGGAGGUGGAGGUGGAGGUGGCGGGACAGGGGUCGGGGGCAGGGGCGGCGGCGGGGGCUGUGUGAGGAAUGCCGGGUAAGUCAGUGCAUGCAGUGAUUACGAGAGUGUGAUGGCCAGGGCCUGGGAAAUGAAGUGACCUGAUUUAUUUGGGAACGAGUGUCAUGGCUUUGGGGUUGUUGAAAUGCCUGCGAAGAAUGCUGGGUGCGAGCGCCACGAAAUGUGAAAUGGAGCGGUGUAGCGAGCGAGAGGUGUGUGUGCCCGGGGUCUGCAGAUCACAGCGGCAGGAGUCGAGUUUGCCAGAGUUGGACUGGUGGGCGGCAGGCGCAUUGCCGAGGCCCCCGUAUACGCAUGGCGUGAACGCGUGAUGCCCAUUGCGUGGAUUACUUUGUUCGAGAUGUUGGCUGCUAGGCUUCAUGGGAAAGGGCUUGUGCGGCAGGAUCGAGUGAUGGGGUAGGCCGUGGUAGGCACUGUGGGCCGUCGGCGUGCCGUGUCUGCAGCUGUUGUUUUGUUAUGCUGCAAUUACUCAGACAUCAUGCAUAUAUUCGUAGUCAUAUUGUAAAUUGUAGCGACU